AUGAAAACAGUAGCAGAUUGGUUGGCACGUUCAUUUGAUGACUUCUUUGGAAACACAAGUAUUUCUUCUGCCAUUUCUGUGAAGCAACUGGAAGGCAACUCUGGAAGCCACCGGCAGCAGAAGAAGAAGGACCUGUCUGCUGUGCCAGAAGGUGGCAAAACCAAAGUUCUGCCUAGAAAAAGAGCAAAGUUGUCUUCAGUAGACCUGCCUUGCAGCAAGUCCAGGCAGAACUGGAGCCAGACUCAAGAAGAGCCAUGGGUAGACAGAUACAAACCUGAAACCCAGAAUGACCUUGCUGUGCAAAAGAAGAAAAUUGAAGAAGUUGAAACCUGGUUAAAAAUGCGCGUAUUUCAGAGGUCGCCCAUGCAGGGUGGCUCUGUUUUGCUGCUGACUGGUCCUCCUGGUUGUGGAAAGACUGCAACUAUUCAAAUAUUAGCAAAAGAUCUUGGUGUUCAGGUGCAAGAAUGGACCAACCCAGUAUCUUUAGACUUUACAAAAGAAGACUUGAGAAGUAUGCUUGACCAUGACUCAAAUUUCCAUACGUUUCCAAGUCAGGCCCAAGCAGCUGUCUUUCAAGAUUUUCUGUUAAGAGCAAAUAAAUACAACAAGCUUCAGAUGCUUGGGGAGUCCUCAGAAAAUUGUAAGAAGCUUAUUCUUAUCGAAGACAUCCCUAACCAGUUCUAUCGGGACCCUAGCAGUCUACAUGAAAUCCUCAGGAGAUUCGUUCGUACCAGUCGGUGUCCCCUUAUAUUUAUAAUCUCAGAUAACUUCAGUGGAGACAGCAACCAGAGGUUGCUAUUCCCAAUGGAAAUUCUAGAGGAGUUGUGUAUAUCCAAUAUUAGUUUCAAGCCUAUUGCACCAACAAAUAUGAUGAAAGUUCUUAAUCGAAUAGCUGCAACAGAAGCCAGUAUGAACAGAGAAAAGAACAAUGCUCUUGAUAGAACUUCUCUGGAGUUGAUUUGCAGAGGUUGUUCAGGUGAUAUAAGAAGUGCAAUAAACAGUCUUCAGUUUUAUUCCAUGAAAGACUGUUCAUUGGAGAAGGAGUUUUGGUCAAGGAAGAAAAGGAGCUCCACACUAAAAUGUGAAGGAGCAGCAGGAUCUAAAGAAAGAAAGAAAAGUAAAUCUGAUAACUUGGAAGACCAGGAGAUACAAGCUAUUGGUGGCAAAGAUGCUUCCAUCUUUCUUUUCCAUGCUCUGGGGAAGAUAAUCUACUGCAAAAGAGAAGCAGUGUCAGAACCAGAAUUUCCUCAGCUGCCUGCUCACUUGUCAGAACACCGUCGAGACACCUUGCUCAUUCAUCCUGAGGAUAUUGUGGAAAAAUCACACAUGUCUGGAAGCGUGUUUAAUUUAUAUCUUCACCAGAACUACGUAGACUUUUUUUCUGAAAUAGAUGAUGUAGUGAGAGCCAGUGAAUAUUUGAGCACUGCUGAUGUCCUUUGUAGUAACUGGAGUACACGGCUUGUGAUGGAAGAGUACAGUGCAUCUGUGGCUACCCGAGGGGUCAUACAUGCAAAUACAUCCAGAGCCUUUGCCCACCACCAAGGAGGGAUGGGGUUCCGCCCUUUACAUAAACCUCAGUGGUUCUUUAUCAAUAAAAAGUAUCAAGAAAAUUGCCUUGCUGCAAAAUCUCUGUUUUCAAGCUUCUGUUUACCACCUGAGUGUCUUCAGACAGAGCUACUGCCUUAUCUUGCUAUGUUGGCAAAUCCAAUGAGAAACCAAGCUCAGAUUGCUUUUAUCCAAGACGUUGGAAGGCUGCCACUGAAAAGACAUUUUGGGAGGUUAAAGCUUGAAACACUUACUGACAAAGACCCUGGGAUACCAGACUUAUUUGCUCUCUCUGAAGGGGACCAGGCUGAUGUGCAUGCUGUGGAGAUGGCUGCACAGGUGGAGGAAACCAGCACGAGUGAGAAUGAAUCAGAUGGAUUCCCUCUCUCUUCCAGCCAGUGCAGUGGAAGUGAGCUACCUUGCAGUCAGCCUCAGCCUGUUGCAUCUCAAGCAAUCAUGGAGGAAGAUGAACUAAAAAUAGAGGAAUAUGACAGUGACUGAGUGCAACAAAUUGUCAACCACUGACUUGCCUGAAUGGAUUAACAGGUCUUUGCUA